CAAUGCAACAGAGUAAUGGUUGUGGAUGAUACGCCUGACCCAGAAAUGGAAGUUGUGUAUACGUGGGCUGAGGGACAGUUGGCACGUGCAGGUAUCCGAUUCGAUGUAUUGCGGCCGGAAGUUUCAGGGACAGAGCGCAUGUAUGCCGCCGAGAAACGCAAUCUUCUGAUCUCUGCAACGCGAACGCAAUGGCUGAUGCUCAUGGAUGACGAUGACAUAGCAUUGCCUAAUAUGGUAAGCCUGCUUCUCGCAGAGGCCUACAGAUCGGGGGCAGAUCUCGUCUCAGGGUUCUGCAACAACUUCAAGACGUACCAAGACUACGGUCUGAAGAAGGACCUGUACGUAGCACUCGCCGCAGGGUAUGCACAGGGAGGGUCCUUCUUUGUGCACAAUACCGGAAAGGCUACCAUGCUGAUAAAGCGGGACGUGGCCGAGCGCGCCGGGGGAUGUACGAUGGACAAUACGGGCGAGCAAUCGCCGUACGUUGACUGGGAUCUGUACACAAACAUAGGACUCGCCGGUUAUAAGAUCUCCUUUGUUCCGACCGCCGUGUAUCGCUACCGCGAACGCUCAAAGAAUAGUAUAUACUACAGCAUAGAUGCCGAGGGCAGGUGGCUGGGACACCGAAAAAUGGUUAUGUCUUGGUGUAGGAAAUUGCAAUUGACUCUUGAGGAGUGCGAUGUGCUUGAAUUUAGCAGAGGUAAACUCGCGAAGCCUUUUGUAUUGACUUUCGGAGAGUACGAAUAAAAGGCCAAAAUAUCCAC